CUCCCCGCGCGAGCGAGUGAGGAAUUAUGAUCCUUGCGGGCCACCGUCCCGGAAGUGGACUCUGGAGAAAGAAGGUAGUUGGGCUGAUAGAGAUAUGUUUAUGAGGACUUAAAGUGGGGAUUCACGGAACUUUUUGUGGCGUGCGUUGUGCCGGACAGACCCAAAGGUUUUAGUCACUUCACCUGAAGAAGUUAGCUUCUCUGCUGAGCCCGAUCUGUUUGCGGUGGAGCAGAAGGUGGCUCUGAAGACGCCUGAGAAAGCCCGUCUUGGCUCUGCCUCGGUGGCCACCUUAGUGAUAAGCUGAUGCCUUAGUGGCUUAUCAUGGCCCAGCGGGCAGUGUGGCUUAUAAGCCACGAACCAGGAACUCCACUGUGUGGCAUUGUCAAAUUCUCCAGACGGUAUCCAACUGUUGAAAAAAGAGCUAAAGUCUUCAAUGGAGCAAGUUAUGUGCCUGUUCCUGAAGAUGGUCCCUUCCUGAAAGCACUGCUUUUUGAACUGAGAUUGUUGGAUGACAAGAAGGACUUUUUGGAGAGUCGUGAUAGCUGCUCACACAUCAAUAAAACAUCCAUUUACGGAGUCCCAGUAGGAAGUGAAGAACUCUGGCCAGUUGUUGCUUUUCUGAAGAAUGGCAUGAUAUAUGCUUGUGUUCCACUGGUUGAACAAACUUUAUCCCCUCGUCCACCAUUAAUUAGCAUUAGUGGAAUUUCACAAGGCUUUGAACUUCUUUUUGGGGUACAGGAUUUUCUUUCCUCAGGUCAAAAAACUGACAGUGAGCUAAAUACCAAAUUGAGCCAGUUGUCUGACUUGCUUUUACAAACGUGUCCCUUUGGCACUUUGUUAGAUGCCAACUUACAGAAUUCAUUGGACAGUAUUAAUUUUGCUUCUGUUACUCACCUACAAAAACAGCCAGCCUGGAAAACUGGAACAUACAAAGGAAAACCACAAGUUUCUAUUUCUAUCACUGAAAAGGUAAACUCCAUGCAAUAUGAUAAACAGGAGAUAGCAGAUACAUGGCAGGUCGUUGGAGUUGUCACUUGCAAGUGUGAUCUAGAGGGCAGCAUGCCAAAUGUUACCAUUAGCUUGAGUCUCCCUACCAAUGGAUCUCCACUUCAGGAUAUUCUGGUUCAUCCUUGUGUGACAUCUCUUGACUCUGCCAUUCUGACCUCUAGUAGCAUUGAUGCAAUGGAUGAUUCUGCAUUUAGUGGACCGUACAAAUUUCCGCUCACUCCACCGUUAGAGUCAUUCAACUUAUGCUACUACACUUCCCAGGUCCCUGUUCCACCAAUUUUGGGUUUUUAUCAAGUGAAAGAGGAAGAAGUACAACUAAAAAUAACAGUUAAUUUAAAACUUCAUGAAAGUGUGAAAAAUAGUUUUGAAUUCUGUGAAGCUCAUAUACCUUUUUACAACAGAGGUCCCAUCACACAUGUGGAGUACAAAGCUAGUUUUGGCCAGCUUGAAGUAUUUCGAGAGAAAAGCUUAUUGGUCUGGAUUAUUGGACAGAAGUUUCCCAAAUCAAUGGAAAUUAGUCUUUCUGGAACUAUAACUUUUGGAGCCAAGAACCAUGAAAAGCAGCCAUUUGACCAGAUUUGCAUCGGAGGUACAGCAUAUUUAAAGCUUCAUUUUAGGAUCUUAGAUUACACACUCACUGGAUGUUAUGUGGAUCAGCAUUCAGUUCAAGUUUUUGCAUCAGGAAAACCAAAAAUAAGUACACACCGGAAGCUAAUUUCUUCUGACUAUUACAUCUGGAAUUCUAAAGCUCCUGCUCCAGUAACAUAUGGAUCAUUAUUACUGUAACUGUCUCGUGUUUAAAUGGGAUUUAUACACUAGUAACAAUUUAAAUCAGUCUUUUAUUUUUAAUGUAUAUACACAUAACCUGUAAUUGAAAAUCAUUUAUUUAAUGAUAAAAUAUUCUUGUUCAAUGUUUUUAGUUUGAUUUAGUUUGAAAGAACAUUUUAAAAACUAAUGUAUCCAGUUUUUUUACCCUUGAUUUUACUUAAGUAUGAUUCAGAGCAUAAAAUCUAGUGAUUGACUUUCAGCUUAUUUUAGACUAGUCUUGACUUUCCUUGCUAUACGUGCUUCUUCCUGCCCCUGUGGCAGACAUGGCUAAUCACUCACAGCCGUCUUUCUCCAUUGGGCAUUCCUGGAUUUGGAAUCAGGCUCCUUCACAAUCCAGAGCUGCAGGCUGCCACUCCCAAUGGAUUGUAGAUGACAUGUAAAAUAAAAAAAACUAUUUGCUCUUGCAAACCUGAGUACUAAGUGCUAGUACAAUGCUUUGUUACAGAAUACCAGAGACCAAUUAGAAACAACUGUAAAUCUCUUGAGAAAAUAGCCAGUGAAAAUGAAGGAAAAUCGUUUAAAUAUAGUAACAUGUUUUUUAAUAAGAACUAUCCUACUGACUAAUAAAGAAUCUGCAUAAUUCUA